UAUCCUCCGUCGCAACGAAGGGCGGCAGUGGCCGGAAAUCCGUCGGACGUCCCCCUGUGACACUGAGCAGUUGCGUAUCUGUCGGACUUUGAAACAAAAACAAAACAAAAAAAGGUGUUGUCGCCGUCUCUGAGGAGGAACGGGAGAUGAUGUUUUGUUGCAUGUCCUCCUCCUCCGGUGUUGUUGUUUAUGUCGUUUCCCCCCGAAGGAAUAUUCAGUGGGUCUUCUCGUUUCUCCUCCCCCCGUUAGGGUAUUGGUAAUAAUGUGUGUGAAACUAAAGAUGCAGGCUUAUCAAUAUUUGGACCAUGCUUGCUGAUGCUUCCCAAGAUUCAGAACAUGACAACUCUUACAACUCCAACACCUGGCAUAAUGGUUUAGAAAGACAUGUAGGGGGCAAUGCUGGCAGCAGAAUUAGGGGUAUGGGUACAAUGUCUGGCUGCCCAGAGGUUCCUCCAGUUAGUGCUAAUCCUGCUGCCAGUGGCCCCCCCUCUAAUAGGGCCACCUCACAGUCACAGACAUGCUCCAUCUCUCUUAGCCGUAACUACAUUGGGGCGGGGCCGAGCGAAAGUGUCGUCAUCCGGUGGAAGCUGUCGGACGCUGCUGCUUCUGCCUCUGAUUGGUUAGGCCUGUACAUUGCUGGUGAAGCUGACCCUGACAAGUGCUUGGAACAACAUCAAGCUAAUGGAGAAAGUGAAGGAGAGCUUAGCUGUUGCAUCAAUGUUCCUGCAUUGCUACCAAAAAAUGUUGGGGGCAUCAUCGUUCGUUAUCACCGAAGUAAAGAGAACGGGAGUCUGUGUCUUGGAUCGUCAAUGGUCCUGCGCGUAGUGAGGCUGAGUGAUGGAUCUACUUCUGAUUCCUCUGAGGAUGAGACCAUUCAUCCAGCCUUGGCUACUCAACGUUGUCUUACUUGCACCAAACUCCUUCACUUUACGCUUGCCAAUUUGUCAGCUCAUGGGUUGCGACGUGGAAUGUUUUUCCAGCCCGAUCCAUACGUUAAACUCCGUAUAUUACCUGGUGAAUCACAAACACUCCUGCCACAUCAUGGACAAGAGUCACGCUCUUGUGUGGCAGAGAACACUGUCAAUCCCACAUGGAAGAGACAGGAGUUCUCCUUUGUAGCCUAUAUGCAUGAUAUCCUAGAGAUUGAAUUGAAGGAUAAGUUUGCCAAGAGUCGGCCCAUCAUAAGUCGGUUUCUUGGCCGCCUUACUAUUCAAGUGGCUACCCUGAAGGAUCGAGUUAGCAGUGGCUCAACGGGUAUUUUAGAUUUUCCCCUGAACAAUAAAAAUGCUGCAGAUUCAGUGACUGGCCACGUGUACUUUAGCGUGACGUUUUCUGUGUUGCCCAAUGCUGCAGAUCCCUGCACCAGUCAUGGUGGGCUUGAAUGCCCGGGAGAGCAAAGUGUUUCGCAGAGUUCAUACAGCACUCCAAUGAGUCCUCACGGUGAACAGGAGUUGUUAGCCAAUGGCUACAUUGACCAUAAAAAGAAUCAUGUAAAAACGGGCGAUCACUCUUCGAACAGCACGGCUGGGAAGAGUGGCUCGGCGGGUGAGGAGGUGGUGGUGAAUGGUGAAGUGACUCCCAGUGAAAUGGUGGAAAGCAGUAGUAGUCAGGAGAGGACCAUUGCCAGUAGUAGGGAGAGUGAUUACUCUCCCAUAUGGAAGUAUUCUUGUAAAGUUCCUAAUUUUGCCAGUAAAGUGCAUGUCAGUGAUAACGGUGGCGAGGAAGCAAUAUACGAGACCGUGUAUCCGGCGGAAGAUUACCACCAUCCGGAGGGGGAUGCCGUUACGGUUUGUAACGCCGGGAAUAAUUUCAGUGGACGGGUCAGUUGCGAUUCUAGUCAGCCAGUGAGUGAUGAUGAUUCUCCACCACCUUUACCCCCAAGAACUAAGUCGCUCUUGAAGUUUUUUGACUCUGUGCAUCGGCCUCUCGAACGAUCGAUGGCAGUCCAGCUCGGUCUUCCGCCUCCGUUCUCGACGGUUGUCAGGAAGCAUCCUUACCCUUUGCCGGGCGUGUCGGGAAAUGCUUCAGAACACGCCAAAAUGCAAGGGGUAAAUGCUUCCCCAGAGAAGAAAUCGUUGAAUGGUGUCAGUGAACCGAGUGUGAGACCAAAAUCUGGGCAUUUAAGUGCUAGUUCACAAUCCAGUUGCGAUAGUGAAAGUAGUACAACAAGUAUGGGAGGCGGUAAGAAGUUGCCGUAUUCUGUUGAAGGAUCUUUUUCGUAUGACAUCGUGGAUUUAGAUGACGUUUUACAAAUUUCUGAAAUCUCUCUCAAUCAAAUUGAUGUAGAUAGUCAGUGCCAAGGAACAGUAUCUUCAUCUCAGGGACUUCAUCAUCAUCAUCACUCAUCCUUGCACUCCUCUUCCUGUGCUUCCAUGGAAAGUGAUCCAUCAGAAGAAGUCGCAAUGACCAGACCAGCCUCUCUGCCCAGCAACUUUGAAGAGGAAGGUGCAUCUUCAUUACUGGCACCUUCGAGUGAUGCUGCGGAAAUGGGGGAAGGUGAUGAUGGCGAUCUUGGUGCAAGUUGUGGCAAUGUUGUGGCCCCCUUAGCAACACCAGAACAAGACACGAGUCUUCUGCAGGAGACUGCAUCUACAGACACACUCUUAGACCAUUUUGUGGAUGCAGUAGAGGCAGAUCCAAAUCAUGUGUCUAAUAGAGGAGGAGGAACCUGUGUGACUGCUGUGCGCACUCAUGUAAAUAGUGAUAGUAAUAGUAGUGGCAUCUGUGAUAAUGGUGCAUUGUGUGUUACAAGCUUUAAGCCCCAUGGGCGUUCUCUUUCAGAAACUGAAAAGAGCCAAAGUGAUUCUAUAUCUAGUCCUAAUGUUAAGAACGACCUUGAUUUCAUUGCUCAGGAGAAUUUACAUACGUCUGAAGGAAUUUCCUCUAACGUUAUUGAUCAGACACAGUAUUUGGAGUCUUCAAAUGAAAUAAUUCAGAAUAGAGAAGAGUUAUUGACUGAUUGCACAAGAUCAGAUGAUGGCCACAAUGUGACAGAUAGGACAGCAGCGCUCCGAGUUGCCAGAGAAGGCUCAGUUGCUCGUUCACCGUCCCCAAGAUUAAGUGAUUCACUACAAGUGCUUAGCUCGGCCUCCGAAUCUAUUUCUCCUGUAAGUGGCUCGGUGACUUGCUCUGUGUCUUCCCAAGGAGGGGAUGAUGCUAGAAGAGGCUCAGAGUCAACUUGUAUGGUGAUGAGUACUGGGAGUUCCUCUUCAAAUUCAGUCUUCACUAGUCCAACAGCAGAAUGUAGUGAUAUUAAUCUAGAGAUGUUUUCGUCAGCAUCCUGUUCCACAGACUUCAACAUUCCAUCUCACACAUCCAUCGAGUCCUUAGCAACCAGCCAGGACCACCAAGAGCCUGCAGUGAGACCACGGAGGGAAGCUCUGUUACAGCCGAGCAGUUCGAAUGAAGAUGAGGACAUUCCCCCAGCUGUUCCUCCACACAGACCCCAGCAGCAUAUGUUAAAGGCAUUAGUUCAUCCACCCCUUUGUCCCCCUACCCCUACUCAUCACGCUAAACCUCAGCCACCUGAACGCACAACGAGUGAUAAGAGGGACAAGGAAUUCAUGUUUGCAAAAGAGGACACCUCAGAAAGGGAAGAGAUGAAGAACUUCUCUUCCCAACACCCGAAGCUCUCGCGACAGCCAUCCCUGCAAGACUGGCUCAGGAGAUAUCCAAAGGUUGAGGUGGCUUUUGAUGAACCUCUUCCUCCAAAUGUUGAGGCACGCAAGGACAGUCACGGACGAAUAUUCUUCAUCGACCACGUUGCCAAGACCACAUCCUGGGAAUGGCCCCCACCAAAGUGCUUCUGCACGCGGCCAUUGUUUUUCGUGCCACACGUGGACGGCGACCAAAGGCGAUCAUUCUGUGAUAGUGCUGAGAGUGAGUGCAGUGAAAGCCAAACCAGUAGUCGAGUUGGGACUCCGGAUCCCUCAACGCCAGCAUCCUUGGCAAAUAUGUUACCCGGAGGAGGAUGCACUAGUCCUAGCGCUUGCGAAGAAGGUGCAGUCGGUCCUUCUCCUCCCCCCCUCCCUUCAAUGUCGCCGCCACCUUUGGCAUCUGCUUUCAUAGAUGAAAUGGGUCAUAAUGACAUGUGUACAAGCCAGCUGUCUGAAUCUGGUGCUAUAGGAUUUUCAAGUAUUACCGCGGGGCAGGCGGAGAGCGACGAUCGCAGAUGGCAGGAUAACGGGAGAGAUGCAGACGAGGCAGAUAAGGCUCCUACCCCUCCCCCACGACCACAACACAGGCUGCAGAGGCUUACGCCUCCCCUUCCACCGCCUCUCCCGCAACAGUGUCCUCCCACUCCCACUCAUCACGCUCGUCGUACUCAGCAUUCUUCUUCUUCCCUUGAGCAGGAGCACUUAGACCGUCAUAGUAGAACCAUGAGGUUACCUUCCAUCCCAGAGAGAACUGUAAAGUUCCAGCGUGUUGAGAUUCAGCCAGGAGAGGAACCUCUACCUAUUAACUGGGAGGCUAGAAUUGACAGUCAUGGAAGGAUCUUCUACAUUGACCAUGUAAAUCGCACAACAACAUGGCAGAGACCCUCGAGCAGUGAUACGACUCAGACCCAGAGAGCACAGUCAACUGACCAACUGCAGAGACAGCAACUGGACAGAAGAUACCAAAGCAUUCGUCGAACAAUUACAUCAAGGAAGGUUGAAGCGGAAGACCUUACUAUAACAACCGCCUCAGUUGGGACGGCAGCUUCUACCUCUACUCCAUCAACACCUGCAGCCACUGCCUCCAUGCCAGUGGUAUCAUUUUCAAGCCCAACAGCAAAUCCUCCAGAGAGCCCCUUAGUGUCUGCCACCAGCCCCACUUCCUUCAGUGAAUCAUCAUCAUCAGCAACCUUGCCAAACAUGUCUUCAUCUGUUCCGUCCACUUCGUCAUCUACCGUGUGUACUUCGUCGUCUACUGCCGUGUCGUCAAGCACUGCGCCAUCGUCCUCGUCGUCUGCUGCCCAUUCCUCUUCAGCUCAGCCUUCUGCUGCACCUAUUCCUGGGCCUGUGACGUCAUCAGUAUCAUCAUCGUCAGUAUCAUCAUCAGCAUCGUCACCAGCAACAGCAACAACAACAGCAACAGCAGCAGCAUCGGUAUCAUCUGCAGCCACUACAACCACAACACCAGCAUCAUCAGCAACAGCAGGAGCAACCACACUAUCGUCUUCAUCAUCGUCAUCGUCUGUCAGCAAUGAAAGGAUAGACUUGCUUCUUCAACUACCAGCUGUGAUGUUCCUCACCAGAUCCGACUUCUUCAGCGUCUUACAUAUGAAUGAUGAUGCUUAUGCCUUGUUUGAAAGGAGUUCAUCUUUGCGACACAUGAUUUCGAGAGUUCGACGUGAUCCUGUUGCUUUCACAAGAUACCAGCAUAACAGGGACCUAGUGAAUCUUGUUAAUCAGUUUGCAGACAAAGACCGCGAUUUACCUAGAGGAUGGGAAGCAAAAUAUGAUCGUUCUGGAAAGCUUUUCUUCAUUGAUCACUCAAGUAAAACAACUUCAUUCAUGGACCCAAGAUUACCUAUAGAUGUGCCAUUUGUAAAUACUAGUAAGUUGGCAGUACCAAGCGCGCACCAUCGAAGGUCUCGAUCACCAGGAGAUGAAGAUAACUCUCGGGUUCCCAUUCCUCCUCCGCGACCACCCACAACUAUCAGCAGUACUUGCGGAAGCAUAUCAUCCCGUGUAAUUCCCAAUAUCCCAACUGCAUAUAAUGAUAAGGUGGUUGCAUGGCUGAGGCAGCCAAAUAUCAUGGACAUCUUGAGUGAACGCCACAGUGGUCUUCGCACGUCUCCUGCUCUGAGGGACAAGAUUACAGCUAUACGUAUGGAUGGUACCACAGCCUUAGACAGAUUAAGUCAUGACGUUGAUCUGACAAUUGUCCUCAGCUUGUUUGAGCAUGAGAUUAUGUCAUAUGUGCCACCUAUGGUGGGUGUGUCUCCUAGAGGGUCACCACAGCCAUCACCACAAGCCUCUCCCGGACUAGCACGGGCAAAUGCACGCGCACCUGCUCCUUAUAGAAGGGACUUUGAAGCCAAACUCAGGAAUUUCUAUAGAAAACUGGAGAGCAAAGCAUACGGACAAGGCCCUAAUAAGUUAAAGCUGAAUAUACGGCGUGACCACCUCCUAGAAGACGCCUUCAAUAAAAUUAUGGUUACUAGCAAGAAGGAUCUUCAGAAAUCCAAGCUUUAUAUUACAUUCCAUGGAGAAGAGGGACUUGACUAUGGAGGGCCUUCACGAGAGUUCUUCUUCUUGUUGUCCAGAGAACUUUUCAAUCCUUAUUAUGGCCUUUUCGAGUACUCUGCCAAUGAUACCUACACAGUCCAGAUCUCUCCAAUGUCAGCGUUUGUGGACAACUACCAUGAGUGGUUUCGGUUUUGUGGUCGGGUACUCGGCCUUGCAUUAGUCCAUCAGUAUCUGCUAGAUGCUUUCUUCACACGACCUUUUUAUAAGGCACUUCUCAGAAGCCCUGUUUCUCUGUCUGAUGUGGAGUCUCUGGAUUCGGAAUUCCAUCAGUCAUUGUUGUGGGUCAAGGAUAAUGAUAUCACUGACAUAUUGGAGUUGAACUUUUGCGUCACAGAAGAGAUUGGUGGCCGUGUUGUGGAAAAAGACUUGAAACAAGGUGGUCGGAACAUUGCAGUGACUGAAAGGAACAAGAAGGAAUAUUUAGAAAGGAUGAUUAAGUGGAGAUUGGAGCGGGGGGUGAGCGAGCAGACUGAGAGCUUGGUUCGGGGCUUUUAUGAGGUGAUCGACCCAAGGUUGGUCGGAGUUUUUGACGCAAGAGAGUUGGAGCUUGUUAUUGCCGGAACACUGGAAAUUGAUGUAGCAGACUGGAGGAAAAACACAGAGUACAGAUCAGGAUAUCAUGACUCUCACACUGUCAUUCACUGGUUUUGGGCUGCCAUCGAGCGCUUCGACAAUGAACGCAGGUUACGGCUACUCCAGUUCGUUACUGGAACAUCCAGCGUACCUUAUGAUGGUUUUGCAGCUCUGAGAGGUAGUAACGGUCCGCGUCGGUUUUGCAUAGAAAAGUGGGGCAAAACAUCGAGUCUGCCAAGGGCUCACACAUGCUUCAACCGUCUGGAUCUGCCGCCUUAUCCUUCUCCAGAAAUGCUUUAUGACAAGCUUCUUUUGGCUGUGGAAGAAACAUCAACAUUUGGCAUUGAGUAAUGAUGCAUGUCUUUAUAUUUCAUAAUUUCAUAGGGAAGCAGUCAGAUUUUGCAUACUGUAGAUAUGCAGUUUACCAAAUAUUGUAUACUUUCUAUUACUCCAUAUUUGACUUUGUUGAGUAUUAUGAAACAAAUUUUUGAGGAGAUUUUAUAUCCUCCAUAUACUUUUAUGUAUAAACCGUGUGAAAAAACUUUAUACAGCUUUAUAAUAAUGACCAAGGAUUGUGUGUCGAUGCUUGCUGAGAAUUAGUCGAUAGCUGGUUACUGUGGUAAUGUGCCAUGUAGAUAAGAAUAGCGUUAGCAACAAUGUGGUUGAUUUGAUGAACACUUUUGCUAACCCACUUUUCUUUGACCUGUUAUCAGAGUGGGUAAAGGUAUUGUAUGUCUUUGGUAGGUUUCUUUGUAUUCAGUUUUUUAAGAAAGUGCCGUAGUUUAGUUUUUGUAAUGCAUUUUUGAAUUCACAUUGCACAUUGUUCAAUUUGUAUAUCAUUAUAUGUGCAGCUAUUAUCAUAGUGCAUCUCGAUGGUUAUACAGUAAUGACACUUAUAUAGUUAUCCAGUAUUGUAUUUUUGAUUAUUUAUUGUGUUAUUUAUUGAAUAAAUCUACCUAGUAUUUUUAGAAAAUAUAUCCUGAAUACUCAGAAAGUUCAAUUGGCUUCAGUAGUAUGAAAGAUGAUUUGUGAUUACUUCUUUUGUGUCCCGGAAGGUCAAAGUGACGGUUAUAUUUUUGUAUUCCGUAGUUUGUGUUAUUCUGUCGUGAACAGUCAAGCACAAAUUUCAGAAAGAUUCUUACUGUAGUUGCUGAAUGGGCAUAACUGUAUUAGAUUAGAAUGGUCUUGGCUCCAGUGAUUUGUGACUGACUUUUGCUUUCACGGACCCAGAGUUGUUGGAGGCAAGGACAUUCCUAGUUCAAACCUUAAGCAGCACGUAUUUAUAUAGCAAAGUUUGCUCAAUCUUGUGUCAAUUUUGGGAGCAUUUCUUGGGCUGUCAGUAUAUAGGUCAGUAUUUUGAGUUUUAGAGACAAAACAGUGAGAAACAGGUCUUGGGAACUCUUCAUUUCCUUUUUUAUGACUGGUGAGGAGGCUGGAAUGUAUAUUAUUUUUUUUUUCAUAAUAGGUAAAGUAGUUUACUAUUGGGUUCUGGAUACUUCCAGAUAUAUUUUUCUGUGGAGGCAGCUUUGAAAGUUGUGUGUUUUAUGCUUUGAUUAGCUGUGGAUCCUUUUAUGGAAGAAGAAAGGAAAUACUAGUGUGAAGUCAGCCUUAGUUGUGUUGAUCUUUGAAGGUUUUGUUUUAUUUUUUGUAAAGUCAGGUAAAUGUAAUAUUGAAAAGUGUACAAAAACAAUAUAAAGAAAAGUGUUAAAGGAAUACAAUAUAGGAGUAAGUCAUGCUCUGUGCUGCUUAAAACACUGAAGUAUGACUGUAAUAGGAUUGAUUGCACAUUAUACAUUUUAAAUAGAACACUUCCAAUGUUCUGUAAUGUGAAUGAGAAUAAAUGAUUUAGUUUUAUUUUUGUUACUUAUAAACUCUGGUGCAGCAAACAAUACAUUCCAUAACAAAUGAGGCAACUGAUGGUUUUUGAAUAACAGGUGAUGAAUGUUGACCUUGGGCAAGAUAUAUGUUUCUCUUCUGAUUUCUGUUCUGUCGGUGACGAUUCAUACUACAAGAAUCAAACUUGCUUCAGGGAAUAUAACUAAUUUUUCUUUACAGAAGCACAAACCAUUAUUGAACAUGCUUUGUUUAGUAGCCAGUACUAUUUUGUUUUUAGUGCUAUGCAAUUUCUGUCGGAAGGGAUGUCACAUAAUGUUAAGGAAGUUUUGAAGUCUAUGAGGAGAAGGUACAAAGGACUUUUAGAUAGCAUUGUGUGUGGGUUUUUAAACAUCACUUGGGAGUCCAUGUUUGUGAGAAAUUUUAAUGAUAUUAGCAGAUGAGUUUCAGGUGUUUCAUUAACUUUGAGGUAUCUUGUUGUUAUUCAAGAGUUAUUUAGCUUUUACUUUACAUUGUAUUAUACCUGUAUAAGUAACUACAAAUUUAAUGGUGCUUCUUUAGUAUUUUGACUGGAUGAUGAACUAAAUAGUAUUGUGAGCAUGAAAUAUCAGUUUUAGAGAGUGAUUUUAGAAGCCUUAAUACAAACUAAUGGUUGAAGUAACACAGAACAUACCAUGUAAUUGUUGAACUUUUUGUAAUCUCGAGCUUAGUGAUACUUUGUGUUUAACCUUCAGCAAUGACAUAUGAGUACAGUAAAGUAAUAGAAAUUUGCACACAAUAUUGGUUUUAAUGGUGCAAAGGUCUGCAAUACAUUUUUUUUAAGCUGAAUGAGUAAAAGUUUUAAGAAAGGUAGGAUGAUGAAAAUGCAUUUACGUGUGGAUAUCCAGUAUUACUUAGCAUUACGAGAGCUAAUGCCUCCCUAUACUUGUUUUGUAUCCUAUUACUAUAUUUGUAGUCAAUUCACUUUUAAUAUGUAAUAGCUUAAAGGUUUUUGACUGAUACUUUGUUUUUGCAUUGCAAGUAAAGAAUAAGAUACUUUACUUUGAUUGUUUACUGAUGCAACACACUUUCAAAUCAUCUCUGGAUUUCAAGUAUGUAAAGGUUUGGUCCUGAAGAGUUGAAGUUUGCAUGACAUACAUUUCAGGUUAUCUUUACUCAAAAAUGAUAUAUUCUGAUGAGAGAUAAUUAUGAUCAUUUACAGUAUUUGUGUAUAAAUGUUAUAGGAGGGCAUGCAAAUGAAUAUUACAGUUGAAACUGUGCUUAUUUACUCGACUAAAACUUACAACAUUUUUCAGACCCGAAUUGCAAUCUGCAACUUAUGGGCUUCAAACCAGUUUGACAUAGUUGUUUAUUUACUUUCUGUGUAGUCGACAAGGUAACAUUCCUAUAUAGGAUCAUUCAGGAGACAGGCAUGGCAGCCAUGUGGAGAAAUGUUGUUAAUCUUGUAGCAAUUUUAAAUUACAAUUUUAAAAAGGUCUGGAAACUAGAAAUCACCUGUUACAAGGAACUGGAUGUUUUGCUUAACAUUAAAGCUGGAUUAAAAAACUGUUACUUAGCAGAAAGCUAACUUCUUCUCUCACUCAGCCUUGACAUUCACCAUUCCAUGAAUAUUGAUAACUCUAUUUCAUUUUCAUAUUUUGUAGAUGAUUAAAAAAACUAAGAAUAUAUCUAAAUUAAAAUAUAUUUGCAGAAGUGGAAAAUGAGAAUGGACUAUAAAAAAAAAAUUCCUCCAUCAUUUUCAAGUGAUGCACUUGUCUUGGAAACAAAAAUAUAAUAUCACUCUAAGACUGACAGAAUUUUAUUAGCUUCAAAAUAUUUCUAGUGAUGACAAUGGUAACGAGACUGAAUGAAGGCCUGAUGGAUGGAUAAAAAUGAUUAAGUUGGAAUACUGAUUGCAUUGUGUGGGAACCAAAGUCAUUUUAACUUAAGGAAUAGGUACUUGCAAUUUCUGUUCAGUAUUUGCUUUAACUUAAGAAUGACCAAAGUCUUGGCAAAAGGUUGUAGAUUUUAAGUUCUGAAAACUGUAAAUCACCAUCAUAGAAAUUAUCCCAGAGAUAUUUUUUGUACCUAGUUUUACGAAUAUAAGUCUAAGAUGAAAACAAAAAAUGCAUUCCUUCAAGGCUACAUUAUUUUAAGUAUCUAAGCAACUUGUACAUUUGGAGUCAGUAGUUUCAAUUUGGUUUUAAUGAAAGAAAAAGUCUAUUAGUUAGGCAAACAUUUAAGCUAAGAGUUGAAAAUUUUGGCCUGAUUGUCUGAUCAAACUAUCAAAUAAUAUGUUAACUGACUAAACUGAAGGAGCUGAGUAAAAAGCCCCUUUUUUUUGUGGGAGGGGAGAGUCUAAGUUAACAUUACAAAGGUCUGUGCUCAGAUGAGUCCACUUUGGUGUACUUAAUGUAAUAGUUCAUUCCAUAGCUAAAGAAGUUAAAACUUUUGUUUAUUUAAUAAUUAGUGUGUAUUGUAAUAGGUUUUGUAGGGAAGAUUUUUUUUUUUUUUUUUCGCAAGGAGUUCUUUGAUCGAUAAAUGCAUAUUUGUGAGGAGAGAAGACUGUGGAGUGGAGAGGUGAUGUAAGCUUUUCCGCACCAUCACAAAUGUUAUUUCAUACUAUUAAGUCAUACUUUUGAUUAUGAAUGACAGCUCAGAUCCCAAGCUACUGAAGUUUUAUAUGAAAAACAAAAACAAUAAAAUUGCUUGUAAUAAAGCCAAUGAUGUUUCUGUAUUGAGUAUCAGCUUGAAAAAUAAAUGAAAAAGUUUUUUA